CGCAGUGGGCGCAGGCAGGACGCGCCUCCAGAAGCUUAAAGACUGAUGUUUUUUUCCAGGACACGAGACAAGAGGGAGGGAGACACCUGUCGGGAGGACGGUACAUCCAGGCGCUGCGUGAGAAACAUCUGGAGGCUGCGUGUUUAUAGACAUGGACGCGCGGUUGUCGUCGCUGUAGCCUCUCGGUGACCGAGGCGCGUAAAGUUGUGUUUCUUUGUGCCAUCCCCAUCUCCCGCUGCUCUCUCCGUUUGUCUCUCUCCAUCAAGCCGCAUGAGUUCUCCGCUGUUUGUGGGUCAGCUGCUCGGGGUCCCGUUAGAAAUAAUGCACCCCACCAUGGAGAAGGACACAACUUACACCAAGAUCUUUGUCGGCGGGCUGCCCUAUCACACCAACGACGCGUCACUUCGGAAAUAUUUCGAGAGUUUCGGGGACAUCGACGAGGCGGUGGUGAUCACGGACAAGCAGACAGGGAAAUCCAGAGGAUACGGCUUUGUGACCAUGGUGGACAGAGGGGCGGCGGAGCAGGCGUGCAAAGACCCGAACCCCAUCAUCGACGGCAGGAAGGCCAACGUGAACCUGGCGUACCUGGGAGCCAAACCUCGCAGCUCGCAGACAAGUCUCUCUGUUGGAGUUCAGCAAGUCCAUCCUACGUGGGCUCAGAGGCAAUAUGGGCUCACCCAGCAGUACGUCUACCCCCAGGCGUUCCUCCAGCCCAGCCUGGUGCUGCAGUCCCAGCUCAGCCCCACAGCAGCGGCCCUCUCCUCCCCUUAUCUGGACUACAGCUCCGCCUACAGCCACUACACCCCCACAGGACUGGAGCAGUACCCUUACAGCCCCUCGCCAUCCCCCUCUGGUGGCUACCUCAGCUACAGCUUCUCCCCUGGCACACCGGCGUCCUCUCUCGCGGCGUCCCUGACCCCUCCGGCCUCCAUGCCCCCUCCACUGGCUGCACUCACCGCCAUGUCUGCUGCCCCGCAGGCCUUCCUCCACUACCCCCUGCACCAGCCCGACCGCAUGCAGUGAGCUGCCCUGAGAAAAGAGGAUCAGUGGCGGUGGAUGGAGUGACGAUUCAAAGACAGCCUGACUGUUGAGCUGUGUCGUCAUCGGGAUGAGACUAAAUCACCAGGAAGAGAGUGUGAUGUAAUCAAAGGGCUUUUAGAAAACACUCGCAUUCCUGUUUCUUUCUUUUUUUAUAUAUAAUAUUGUUGAAAUAAAUGUUUUAUUGUUUCAUCAG